AUGGAGGAUGACAUACGGGAGCUCCAGCCAGAAGCUGUAGAUGCUGCGAUUGGUGAAAUGAAGAUUGAGGAGGGGAUUGAGGUUCAAGAUUUUGCCAAUGGCUUAAAUGGAUAUAUUUCUACUCCUACAGAAAUCAAGAGGUCUCACUCCAGUACACCGGGUCUUGUAAAUUCUCGCUCUCAAACACCGCCCAGAAAGCAAAGCACCAGCCAAACACCAAAAUCCGGAGAUGAAGAGGAUGAAGAGAUUAUUGGCGGUGAUAUUACCGUCACCGUCGAACCUGGCAAAGCACCAAAGCUGUCGAGAAAGUCGUCACAAAAAGUAAUUCCUCGACCACCCCCUCUCUUCAACGACCUUCCAGAUUCUACAGAAGAGGCAGCUUCAGUUUUUCAGGUAAUCAAGGAUUGUAUUUAUGGAGCUAAGCACAUGGGAGCUUCAGAUCACGAUGCUUUGGAUUGUGAUUGUCCCGAGGAAUUCAGCGAUGGAAAAAAUCAUGCCUGCGGAGAGGAUUCAGAUUGCAUUAAUCGACUGACCAAAAUGGAAUGUGGUGGAGGUCAUAAAGAUUGCAAUUGUGGUGUGGCUUGUCAAAAUCAACGCUUUCAACGCAAACAGUAUGCCAAAGUUUCAGUGAUCAAGACAGAUAAAAAGGGUUACGGAUUACGCGCAAAUACUGAUCUACAUCCUGAUGAUUUCAUCUUCGAGUAUAUCGGAGAAGUUAUCAAUGAACCGACAUUUCGACGACGUACCGUCCAAUAUGAUCAGGAAGGAAUCAAGCAUUUCUAUUUCAUGUCUCUUACGAAGCAUGAAUUUGUGGAUGCAACCAAAAAAGGAAAUCUAGGUCGAUUUUGCAAUCACUCUUGUAAUCCAAAUUGCUAUGUCGAUAAGUGGGUGGUCGGAGAAAAGCUGCGCAUGGGCAUUUUUGCGGAGCGUGCAAUCAAAGCCGGAGAAGAGCUGGUGUUCAAUUAUAAUGUUGAUCGAUAUGGUGCCGACCCUCAACCUUGCUAUUGCGGCGAACCAAAUUGUACCGGAUUCAUUGGAGGCAAGACUCAAACUGAGCGUGCUACCAAACUUCCUCAUGCUACCAUUGAAGCUCUUGGUAUCGAUGAUGGUGAUGGUUGGGAUACAGCUGUUGCCAAGAAACCCCGGAAAAAGAAGACGGGUGAAAAUGACGAAGAAUAUGUUAACAACGUUCAACCAAAGGGUCUCGAUGAAAAUGGAGUACGAAAGGUUAUGGCAACUCUUAUGCAAUGCAAAGAAAAAUGGAUUGCUGUCAAAUUGCUUGGUCGAAUCCAACGUUGCGACGAUGAUAAAGUUCGAAACAGAGUUAUACAAAUGCACGGUUAUCAAAUUCUUCGUACGACCUUGACUACUUGGAAGGAAGACAACAACGUGAUCCUCCAAGUUCUCGAUAUUCUUUACAAAUUUCCACGACUUACUCGAAACAAAAUUGUUGAUUCCAAGAUCGAAGCUGUUUUAGAAGAUUUCACAACUUCCGAGCAUGAAGACAUUGCUUUCGAGUCAAAGAGGCUAUUGGAAGCAUGGAGCAAGUUAGAGCAUGCGUAUCGAAUCCCAAGAAGAGCCCCAAAUCUUGUUGCACAAGUAUUCGAACGGCGUCCAGACCAGGUAGAGAAAGUCACUCCAUCACCAUCCCCUGUUAUUGUUGCCCCGACUGGCCCCCGAAGUGGUGUUCCUCAACGCAACGCCAACUUCGUCCCAAAUCGCCCUAUGUCUCGGCGCCCUUUUGUCCCCAUGGUAUUACCACCUGGCUGGUUUACUGCGAUGGAUCAAAACGGAAAUGCUUAUUAUUAUAGUAAGACGGGACAAACAACAUGGGAGAGGCCAUUUAUGCCAGCGGGUGUAACACCGCCGCCGCCACCACCCAAGGCAGCUCCAAAGAGUGUGCAAACACAGAAAGCUCUUCAAGAUAUCAUCGACAGUAUUACAAAGGAGCCCUCGACAACUCCGGCACUUUCUUCCCAUUCCGCCGAGGGUACACCCAAGGAAAAGAAGAAGCCUGUAGAAAAAUGGCGCUCGUUACCUAUCGAGAAGCAGAUGAAACUAUACGAAAAUACUUUAUUUCCUCACAUUAAACACGUAAUGCAAAAGUAUUCUGGCAAACUUCCCAAGGACGAUCUUAAGAAAUUCGCCAAGGAAUGUGGGAAAAAGCUCGUGGCUUCUGAUUUCAAAAAUAAUCGCAUUGAGGACCCCACAAAGAUAUCCGACAGGAAUCAAAAGAAAGUCAAGCAAUAUGUGUUCGACUAUUUUAAGAAGGCUGUGGAAAAGAAAAGGGAAAUGGAUGCAAAGCGAGCGGAAAGGAAAAAGCGCGAAGGGCAGGCUAAAGUUAAUGGAAAUGGCACAAACGAAAAGGGGACAACGCGAGAGAAUGCAAACUCGAUUGUCAGUCCAGAUGUGAUUGAUAGUGAGGACGUGGAAGUCAAUAUACCAAGUCCAGCCGCAUCACCUAGUGGACAACUCGAGAUGGAGUUGUUGAAGAGGAAGAGGGAAGAUGACGAGGAAAGUCCAUCAGAAAGCAAGAGGGUCAAGGAGGAUGGUAAUGAGAGUACAACACCAACAGAUUCAUCUACACCUCCUCCGCCUCCUCCGCCGCCGCCUGCGGAAGAGAUGCCUACGACAGGAUCGGAAGAUCUGGAGAUGGCUAAUGGUGAGGGUGAGGGUGAGGGAGAGGUAGAGGGAGAGGGAGAGAGAGAGGCGAAAGAAGAAACGGAAGAGGAAAGAGAGUUAAGGAUGCAGGAAGAAGAUUUAAUGAGGGAGAAUGAAGAGGCUAUGAAGAUGGAGAUGGAAGUAGAUACUGAUGGAAGGUUGAAGGGGAAUAAUGGCUGUAGUCAGCAUAUCAAUGGUGGAAAUAGUGGUGGGGAAAUCUCGACGGAGGGAUAA